GCAAGGAAAACCUCUUUCACUGUUCAUAUGGACACUUGACUGUUGUUUUAAGACACACUUGAAAAAUGGUGAACCGGUCCUUUAGAAGAUGAAGGCAACACAUCCGUACGAUGUUUUGGAGGCGCUUCAUGAUCAUGACUAUUUGAAGAAGCCCGUCACUGUGAGAGAGCAGCUGCAGGCCACUCAGAUGGAGCUCGACUUCCUGGAGGAAAUAAGCAAAGAACUGAAAAGUGAGCAGUUCUUUCUCCAGCGCUUCCAAGGUGAGCCGGAGAUGAUCAUGUUUUACAGUGGAUUCAAAGACUACAACACACUCAAAACGUUCAACUUAGCCCUUCAGCCCACAGCGGAGACUAUUGGGAGAUGGAGUCACGUACUAAACCUUAAUAAUACUGAAGAAAACGCAAUGAACGCUGGCUUUGAUGCGCAGCACCUGUGUCUCCUUGAUCAGCUGUUCCUGUUCCUUUGCAGUGUGAGGUGGGGCUUUGUUCCUGUUGACAUGUCUGAGCGGUUCCACGUGUCACAGGCCAUAGUCAGGGCGACCUGUAUAACGUGGUGCCAGUACUUGUUCUUUAUGCUGGGAACUCUGCCAAUAUGGCCGAGCAGACAGGCUGUAGAUGAGCUAAUGCCGCUGUUCUUCAGAACGACGUUUCCCAAAACACGGGUGGUGCUGGACUCAACUAGGAUCCACAUCCAAACAGCAGCGUGCACAGGGAACUCUUCUGAUUAUAGAGGCACCACAACACUGAAGUCGCUGGUUGGUAUCAGUCCCUCUGGGGCAGUCAGCUUUGUCAGCAACGUCUUCACAGCCUCCCUCUCAGAUAAGGACAUCAUAAAAGAGUGCGGGAUUAUGAACCUCUUGGAGCCUGGUGAUGAAGUGAUGGCGAGCAAGAGCUUAGAUAUCAAAGACCUCCUGGAUGCCAUCGGAGUCAACCUCGUCAUCCCAACGUUCCUUAGGCCAAAGGGACAGUUGGAUGUAGACGAUGUGACACACACACAAGACGUUGUCCACUUGAGAAUCCACGUGGAGAGGGCGAUUAGACGCACCAAAGAGUACCACAUUUUUGAUGAUGCGGUGCUGUCCGGACUUUGUGGUUCAGUCAACCAGCUGUGGACAGUCUGUGCUCUGCUGACUAACUUUCAAGGUCCUCUGCUGUAAUAAUGUGUAGAGUUGUUCCAACUCUGAGAUUUUAUUUUUAAUUCGAGGGUAAACUUCUUGGGAAGCAUCAUCUCGUUUUCAGGGAGGUCUUAAUUUAGUAGACACUUUGCAAAGAUAACAAAUAUAUCAGGCUGAAUAUUUGGGGAAAUAUUUACAAAAUUAUGCACAAGAUGUAUAAUAUUUCCAUUUGAUAGGAUGUUGCAGCCAUUAAAAAACAUGGAGUCUUGGGUUUGUUCGCAUCACUAUAUAAUAUCAUAUAGCUUCAAUGAAGUGUUGGAAAAUAUACACUGUACUUUCAUACAGUGUGGACAAAUAUUUUCUCUCUAACUUUAGCAUAAUAACAUGUUUAUAGAAUAAGGUUGGUGUUAUUCUAUGUUUUUCUUAUUGUCAACAAAUCUCAUGAAAAGACUGAAACCAACCAUAUGUCAUUCUGUCUGUUGAUACUCUGACCUCCCCACCCUGUCUGUGCUCUCAGCACCAAGCUCACUGGUUUUAGUUAUUACUGUUUUUAACAGUAAUAACUAAAACAACUGAACUCUGUUGGUUUUAGAAAACAGUAGAAAAUGUACAUUUGUAUGUCAAUUUGAGUCGUUAGUAGGAUCAAGUCAUUGUUGGUUUUGGUCUUUUCUUUUGAUUUGUUGACAAUAAGAAUCACGCAGAAUAUCACCAGACUUAUAUUUUUGGGGAAAAAUCAGAUUAUUAUGUACAAUCAUAUAGAUAUGUGUGUCGAUAUGAAGGCCAUUUUUAAAAAGUACAUGUUUUAUUGAUGACAUGACUCAGUGUAACUAUGUAAAAAUGUUCACUAAAUUAAACAUUUAGCCAAAUUGCCCCAAUAUCUACUUUUUAAAUAUAAAA